AAUGGAAAAUCCUGAACAAAGAGAAGAAGGAAGCAGGCAAGCUGCCUUUAAUUCAAAAGUUAAGUGCAAUAAACAAGAUAAAAUUGUGACAUUGAUAAUAUAUUCUGACUUUAAUAUUUUGGACAAACCUAAACCUUGGUGGAAAAACCCUUUGGAUGAAUGUAGUGUGAAAGAUUUAAUCUCAAAGGUUAAUCAUUUCCAACAGGCUAUAACAUCAGCAGUUGAUAAUAAAAGCGAUGAGCUUUUUUGGAAGGGAUACAUUGAACUUCACCUUGAACGUUAUCUACUCGAAUGUAUUUCCGCGGAAAGCAAUAUUACACUCGAUAUUAGUUAUCAUUUGGCUAGAAAAGUGCAAAAUCUCCAUAGUGCUAUCAUUGACACUUUCCCUUCUAUCUUCUUUUCAGAUCUUCAAAUAGAUCGCUUUACACCUGAGUUUGCAAAGCAAUUGCAUCAAAAAAUUGGAAACAGAUUAAUCAAGAAUGCUGGGCAGUACAAAAUGAAAUUUGUUAUGGCUGUACAAGAAAACUAUAUAUACAUAGCACCGGAUUUGAUAGAAAAUAGAAUGGAAGUAUUAUUUCGUCAAUGUAGAGAAAAAUUUGAGGACACAGACCUGCAGUUAGAAGAUGCCAUUAAAUAUGGGGCAUAUUUUCUUGUAUACUUUUUGACAAUUCACCCUUUUAUGAAUAAAAAUGGAAGAGUAGCAAGAUUGCUUUUGAGCUAUCUUUUAUCAAAAUUCACUGUGAUACCACUUUCUUUAUAUACAGGAGAGAAAGCACGAAAUGUGUAUCUACAAUGUUUACACAAAGCACGGUAUCAAGAUCCAUUUAAAUCUAGCGCACUUGCAAGCUUUAUACUUGAAUGUGUAUACAGGACAUCUUAUAAUAUGUGUAUCAUGAUGGAUAUUGAUAUUUCAAAUUAA